UGAGUACCACUAAAAGCCCAAACCCAAAUUCGUAAACACAAAACCUCUCCCCAUCACCUCCUUCCCCUACGCAAAUGUUCUGAAUCAGUUUCUCGUAACAUCCAUGAAUCCCCUUCCUUUCUCCAAUUCCACUCCUCACUAACGACGCCCAACAAGAUUUGUCGAAGAGAGAGAAAAUACAAAAAGCUCCAAUCAACGACAAUGGAGGACGAAUUGUUGAAGCGUAAUACUGAUUGUGUCUAUUUCUUGGCCUCCCCUUUCACAUGCAAGAAGGGUGUAGAGUGUGAAUAUCGGCAUAGUGAAAUGGCGAGGUUGAACCCACGGGAUUGUUGGUUUUGGUUAUCUGGGACUUGCUUCAAUCCGACUUGUGCAUUUCGCCAUCCACCCUUGGAAUCGCAUAAUGAAGCAUCAACUGAUGGUGCUCCACCUCUGCUGAACCAGUCAUCUGUGCCUGCAACAAAGACCAAAGUCCCAUGCUACUAUUACUACAAUGGAUUUUGCAACAAAGGUGACAGAUGUCCAUUCCUACAUGAACCUGGUGAGGCAAUAGGUUUGAAAACAAAGAUAGCUAAUGCAGUUGCUGAUUCACCAGUGCUUCCCUUGGAUAGUAAGACAUCUGGAAGAGCUGAUAGAGAGCCUGUAACAGCUGAAAAACAUUCAAUUCUAUCUGAAAUGGCAAUGAAAAGUAGCAGUGGCUUGCAUAAUGGGCAUAAACAGCAGGCUCAACAUCCAGCUAAUGCUAUUAUUCCGGAACCAAGUAUAUCAAAACAAACUUAUAUUCCUCAAUGUGAAGAAACUGUUGCUGUUAAAACUGUGUCUUUGGAGCCUGCAGAAUGCUCAAUUAAGAGUGAGUGUGAGCCUAGCUUGGAUUCUGACCAAAGUUCAGAGGGGAUAAUUGAUGGCAACAUUGUGCGAGAUGAGUGGUGGGAAUCAUCCCCUGGUUUUGAUGUUCUUGUUGAAGGGGAGGAUGAAGAAAUGAUGGAUGACCCAGAGUAUUUGCCUGCCCUUGAUGGAAAUGAUGGAGAUAGCAAGCAUCUAUUUAUGCCCCAUGAUUUUGCUCAUCGGGCUGAGUAUGAUGAAAGAGUGUUCUUUGACAAUGGACAUUAUGAGCCUUCUGAAUAUUUUAAAGAUGAGCUGAGAAAUAGUGUUCCAGAAUAUUCUUCAAGACGCACACAAGACAGAGAGGCAAAACGCAUUGUGGAACGCAAGAGAAAUAUUUUGUGUGUGGAGUCCCCAGUUGGUGGCCGCCAUGAUGUUGAUCUUCGAGACUACUUGAGUAAACGAAGGAUGCAUGGUGGUUAUCAGGAGACGUGUGACUUGAGACAUGUAAGAGAUGGCAGGCCAGAGAGCCUUCAAAGGCAUGCUUCAAUUCCACGAUUACAUGGAAGGAUAGCAUCAAAGGUGGAAAGACAUGGUGUUAGACUUUCUAGGAGAAUGAAUGAUGCAGAACAUCGAGGCAGACCUAGAAACUCACAUCAUAAUGGAUACAGGCAGCAUAAUGGGAUGCAUUCGUGGCAGUCUUCAUCUGAAAGAAGGUCAUACUCGAAGAGAGAUAGAUAUGCUCAGGAGUCCACAACAUUCUGUGAACCCAAGACUCUUGCUGCGACUAAAGUAGACAGGAAUCGUUCAAGCAACAAUUGUUCUGCGGACUUUGAAGGUCCCAAACCUUUGAGCGAAAUCCUCAAGGAUAAGAAGAAGACAGUCUCCUCUGCUGAUGUUUAACAAGCAGUAGUACUUGACCUUUGCUGUCUAUGACAAUUGACAAGUAAGCUUACUAAGUAGAGGCUGCUAAGUUGGCGUUUUGGCUUCAAGCUACAAUAUCUGGGUUAGUUUUUUUUUUUUUGGGUUUACACUUCACUUCUGUGUGCAAUAUAUAGUCAAUUCUUAGCGAAUGACUUGCACUUCCUUUUUUAUUUUUCAAAUUUUAGGUAUAUGGGGUUGUUUGUGGUUGUUGCCUGUAUGCCUAUGUGGCAGUAUUUUGUCGCCUCUAUUUUCUGUAGGUUCAGAUUUCGGAAUUUCUUUUAUUCCAUUUAGAUGUGACCAGUUGUUUGGAUUGCUCAUAAGGUACAAGCCUGUAAAUAAGCUAAUGAUGAGUUUUUACUUUUUAGUAAUGCAUUUAUGGAAGAGAGAAAGUAAAUCAGUGGGACUUUUGUGUUAUC